AUCGGCACGCCCCUUUUAAAUGCAUAUUAGACGCAUUGCAAGCCCCGGGUGCAGGUAGUGUGUAGUCAGUCAUCCAUCGUAGGCUAGAUGGUGCAGAGCAUACGCAGAAAUCCACUAGCAGUUGGGAAAGAAGGAAGAGUAGUACAUGGUUCACCGAUAAGGCGGAUUACAGUUCUACCUCUAAAGAUGCUCGAUGUCGUCAUUGUGUAGCAGCAUUGCAUCCCUGUCAAAAAUGGACAAGCAUUCGCUUGGAAUAUGGACUAAAGCGGGAACGUCAACCUUAAAUCAGCUUGAUGGGGAAAACUAGGAGAGUCCCUUUAAGAUGACACGCACAGACCCGCCUGACAUACUGGUAUCGACUGUGUAUAAAGAUAUAAAAGUGUUCCCUGUUUCUUCGCACUCCAAGUCCUCCCAACCCCCCGAACAAUGUGAUUCCCCAAACCGAAGCACACUGGACAACAAUCAGGAUAACAAGAGGCACUGCCGUACCUUUGACUACAAGUCACUGGAGUACCCUAAACACCACACAUUCUCAAUGGAGCACCCUUACAGGAGGGCUGACAGGCAUGCUGCUAAUCCAGACAUGGCCUGGAAUGCCUUGGGCCGCCAGCAGGGAUACCGCUUUUCUGCACCGGACAUUUUCAACCACAGACUGACCCCUCAGCCAUUGGUCUCAGACAUGGCUAGUGAGGUGGUUGUUCCAGUGCAAAGGAAAAGGACCAGGUCAAAAAGUGCCCCCAGAGUCCAAACUAACCUUACCCCUGUGUCCUUUGAGGAGUCCCCUUCCAUGGGGAGGAGGGGUAGGGAGGCCCGGAGGGCACCUAGGGACCCUAACUGGAGACCAGAGGUGUCACCACGUAGGGAGUGCUCCUACGCAGCAACCAGGGCACUAAUGCAUGAGGUGCAUCCCAUCAAGCUCCAGCCACAGAGGAGUGAUGCUAGCCGAUAUUCACCCCUCUAUGUUGCUGAGAAUGUAGAAGAGGGAGGGCCGGACAAGCCAGCCACCAGCCCUCACGUCAGGUGUCGGGUGGACAUCAAACCAGAUGUGGCUGUCUUGCAAAAUACUGGACGGAAGCCUGCUACACCCAGAGUUGACAUACCUUGGCAGAGGUACCCUAGUGGAGGAAGCAGGAGUCUGACAGUACCUCGCCAUUUCACCUUCUCAAGGACCUCAACUCCCACUGACUCUUUUGGUGGUGAGUAUGGGCAGGCAUACCAGUAUUCCCGCAGCAUGCCAAAUAGUUACAUUCAGCCCAUGGAGAUGCCUCUGCAAAGAAUGCCUUCCCCAGGUGAUUACUAUGGCAGGGAACGCAGGGCUCAUUCCAGCCCCAAUGUGCCAACCAAAUUAUUUUAUGCAGACGACCCUGGGAGGUAUGUGGCCACAGCCCCUCCCCAACCAAGGACUUACUAUCAGGAUGAUCGCUAUAGUAUGCCAAGCCAAAACCUCACUCCCAAAAUGCAGUAUGUACAGGAUCCAAGGACCCGCGUGGUGCAUACUGUACCAGCCCGAUCCUAUUACACAGAGGUAGAAUCUUACCCAUACCCAGUUCAAGCUGCAUAUCCGAAAGCCUAUGCAGCAAGUGAACCAGGGCCAUAUAUCAUUCAAACCCCGCCGGCAAGAACAUUCUAUGGAGAUGAUCUAAGGACUUAUCAAAUUCAGUCUGUUCCCCCGCGGAUAUAUUACGCGAAUGAGAUGUAUACACCUUCACAGGAGCAUCACAUUCCAGCAAGGGCAUAUUAUACAGAGGGACGUCGACAUGCACGAGUCGUCCAGCCUCAACCAGAUGACUGGUACGGCUCUGAGGUGUCUGGUUAUUCCACCCAUCACCCUGCCUCGUAUGGCUCUCAGGUCACCCCGACCAGAGCUGUUAGGCAAGAGCCAGCGCUAACGCCAUGGUAUGCUAACCCAUGCAUUGAGCCACCACGAAUCGGCACCGAUUCCAAACCUUACUCGAGGUCUUGGGAUAAUAUCCUCAACUCCCGUGUGGAGAGGGAGCAGCCUAUUCCAGUUCAGCGGGGUCGGAGUUAUGAGAAUCUUAUUGCCCAAGCAAAGCGCACUGCGUCCGAAGAUGACAGACCACAGCCAGUAGUUGUCAACCUUUCCAGUUCACCGAGACGUUAUGCAGCCUUGUCUUUGUCUGAUAACUCUCUAAUUGACAAAAGCCCAACAUCGGAGUCAGGGAAGACCACUUCUAGUAAGCUCUGGUUCGUCGCCCCUGAGAUCACCAUCACUGAUAAUGACAUUCGACCAGGCAACCUUAACAAAUUUGAGGCACGAAGAGCCAGCUGGGAUGUUCUGCACUCUAAAAGUGCUGUGGUUCCAGAAGCUUCUCAGCCAGACACUAUGUCCUGCUCUGUGGACUCUACCAAAGAAAAGACGCACAACAGCGCCUCUCUACAGCAAAGCCUGGAGCAACUUGAUGAGCUUCUAGCUGAUCUUGUUACUGACUACAAACCCCCUGCCACUAGGAGGCCAAGUGAGGAUUUGCUGGACCAACUCAAGAAGCUGAUCGAUGAAGAAGAAGCAGCAUCUCUGUCUAGAAAAGGUUCAAAGGCAGGGUCAGAGGAACCACCCCUGGACAAGCAACCCACCUCUAUUAGAAUGAACCCCGACGCCCUUCGAGAUAUGGACUGCAGCAGUGAUGCCCUGAGGAGUGGAGACGAGUGCUCCCCAGACCAGAGCCCAGACGAGGACGACAGCAUGAUGUGCUCAAACAACAAAUGCCGACGGACAGAGACCCUAUUCAAUGCUUGCCUCUACUUCAAAUCCUGCCACAGCUGCUACACUUACUACUGCUCCCGCAACUGCCGCAGGGAGGACUGGGACAUUCACAAAGAGAGUUGCCUGUAUGGCCGAAUUGGCAGCGUGUGCCGCCAUAUCAUCAAGCACUGCCGGGAGACUGUCGAGGUCCACAAAGCCUUCUCGCGCAUUGCCAAAGUUGGCUUCCUUUCCCGGGGAAGGGGAGUGCUCUUCCUGGGAUUCCCAAACCCAGGGCUGUCCGGUAACUUCCUACAGUAUGGCCUGGAGAGCCUCCAGAUGUCCCCGACUUACCUGUCUCUACGGGAGCUGGACGGCUUCAAGGACAACCUGGGGGAGUAUUGCAAGGAGCUCCAGGAGGCAGGCAAGGACUAUGACCCAAACGAAUGUUUCCUCUUGAAUGUAUCCAUUGCCGUUGGCGAACAAAUGCCUGACGGACCUUCACCAAGGAAUCAAGCCCCAACUGUCAGGAAAUAUGCCAAGGUGGCGCUCGCCUCCUACAGCCCGGAGAAGAGUAAGGUUCUUAAGAAAGAGAGGGAUAUGGAGACGUUGAUCCUCACGCCACCCCCUGGAAUGGCUGACAUCGACAAUGAGGGAGAGGAGGGCAGGAAGGCCAGGGAGAUCUGCUUCAUCAACAUCCAGCGGGAGCUGCGAAUUCGAGGAGUUUUUCUACGCCACGAAUAUCCAAAGGUAUACCAGCAGCUCUGCGAGUUUGUGGAACGUAACAGGAGGUUCACCCCCACAACCAUCUACCCGAUUGACAAGAGGACUGGUAAGCAGUUCAUGUGCAUGAUCAUGGCUGCUUCUGAGCCCAGAACACUGGACUGGGUAGGCACCCCCCAUCUCCUCGAUGACAUUAUUUAAGUGCACCUUUGGUUGUACAUAUAUAUGUAUAGAAAUACAUAUAUAUUGUUAUACAUAUCUAUAUAUCAAGCCUAUUUAUUAUAAAUGUUUGUAGAUAUGUAUUUUACUAUUCAAAAGAGAUAUAUUCAUGUCUGUGUGGUCAGUAUUAUUCAUUCUUGGAAUAUUGCCUGUCAGAUGCGAAUAUGAGUACAAUCGGCUCCAUUAUUUAUUUAUUUUAAUCUUUGAACUUAAUUCACCACUUAGUAAAUGUAUUCACAACAUUAAUCAUUUAUUGGUGCACCGGUCAUUUUCUAUUCUAUUAUUCUGCAUUAUUCGUUUUGGGGCAGGACUUUUGGUAGUAAAACCUUUUUUUUGUAUUAAUUAAACAUUUCUAAAUGCAUUAUUUGAGGCUAAGUAACAAGUGACUAAGUAAAACAUGACUAUUUUUCAUAUCUGAUUGAAGUGGCAUAUAAUGCAGAACAUUUUAAAACUUAUUAUUUUCUUAGCUACUCAAAUACUUUCUAUGCAAAGGAAAAUGCUUAAUAGGAUCAUUUCCACAUUCUAGUAAAACUGUUAUUUGCGCUUGAUAAAAGGAUACAGAAAUACUAUUUAUAUUAUAUUAUACAAUAUUAUAUUAUAUUAUCCAGUAUCCACAGGACAUAACUAUCCUUCUUUUAGAAUUUCACAUAUUUUAUUAAACUCUAACAAAAAUAAACAGUUUUUGAUGUAAUUGAAAUGAAUGAGAUGAACAAAAUACAAUACUUUGGGUGGAUUUAAACUACUAGUUCCUCAGAAUGCUCAGAAAGACACUGUUUAAUGAAAAAAAGGAAAGCUGUGCUAAUCUAAUUGUCUUAGAAAGGGGUUUCAAAGUCUCACUGCUUAGAUUGGUAGUGCUGUAAAUGGUUACCUUAUUCCUGAAAGGGGUUUCAAAGUCUCACUGCUUAGAUUGGUAGUGCUGUAAAUGGUUACCUUAUUCCUGAAAGGGGUUUUAUUGACGUGAGUUUCAUUAUUUCAUUGGUGCUUUAAUGUAUGCUUGGUAGAAUUACUGGAGCAAUAACAGACUUGAAGAUAAACGUUCAAUGAUUGAUAUGGUACCAGUCGUGUGUUAUACACAAUAGGUGUUGGCUUGUACUGUUCAAUUUGAAACACUGUGAAUAGUAAAAUAAGUCAAUCAUUCAUCAACUUUAGACAUGGUUGGUACCGUGGAAUCAUGCAAUCUCUCAUAAGCUAGUUUAUAAAUUGCUAUUUUUACAUAAUUUACAGAGCAUAAUAUAUAUGAAUUAGCGAGCGAGAUUUGUUACUGUUAUUGUCCUUAGAAAAAGGUGAGCCAGGUUUGGCAACAGUAGCUGUAUGGUAUGUAAAGUUUAAAUGCUUGAAGAAGUUAGUUGUGUAUUUGUGCUGCACUAGGUUUAUUACGUGUGUGAUAUUUUUUGUAUGAGAAUGAGAACCUUCAAAAAGAAAAUGGGAUAUGAACAGCUAUGUUGUCUCAUAAUUAUAAUUUUAUUUAGCCUUAGUUUGCAGAUUAAAAUAUCGAACAAAACCUCAGUAUCCAGGACAUGUUACAAAGAGAACAUUUAUCUAAAAUGUUAUUUUAGACAGAUCUCUUUGACAAGGGACUCACAUACAUAUAUAUUGUUUCUGCGUGAAAUUGACAAUUUUUCAUUACUCUAUGAAUUCUACAGUUUAUUUUAAACCAAUGUUCAGUAUCUACUGCUCUUUUGAGCUCAACUAUCUGUCAGCAGCAGGUUUACAUAGAGUUCAUUCAUAUCAUAGCUCAACACUUUCUGAGGAAGGACUAUUGUUUAUAGCCUGUAGCACAUAUUUCAGAUACACUUGUUUGGCUGACUGGAUGUGUACAGAUGCAAUGAGAACGAACUGACUGCAUGUCGUUGCAUUUCUUUUCCUCAGCUUUAUCAUAACCUCAAUGAUGACAAAAUACAAUAACCUGCUUGAUGAUUUGAUAUUUAAACAUGGUUGAGAACUAUUAUACUAUAGAAAAAAAUAUUGAUAUUUUUGAUUGUGUCAGCCAUUCAAGUUAAAAACAAGGAAAUAAAGAGACCUCAAAUUAAAAAAUGUUUAGCAAAUGUUGUUUGUUGUAUUUUUUCUACUUUCAUCAUAUGUAUCUGAGUAUGUGAUAUUUAUAAACGUAUCUAAUAAAUGGAAUGGGA